AUGGAGGAGGAACAUCCUCUAGAGGAAGGGCAGGAGCGCAAUGUCCAAGUCCGCAACACUCGGGACGAGAUCCGCGCCCUUCGAGCGCGCCUCCGCCAGCUGGAGGAACUGGAAGAUCUCUCUAGACAAGAACCGGCGUUCUCUCAGGAGGGGGAAACGGGAAGGAGGCCACCUCCCCCGUCAGACCACCACAACGAUCAUGGCCAAGAACAAACCACUGAAAGGGCCGUGAAUCAACCCCCCCAUCACCGCAGGUACCACUCCCAGCGCAGAAGUUACUCCGGACGGAGGAGCCCCGUUUCCACCAGGGAACCCCUCAGGGACCCGACCCGCCCACAUGGCACCCUGGUGACCUUACCUCAGACGAUCAAUGGCCCUCUCUCUCCAGACAUCAUGGCGACCCCUUUCCCCCCAGGAUGGUCAAGGCCCAAAAUGAAGCUCUAUGAGGGUAACUCCGACCCGACGGAGCACAUCAACUUCUUCGUGGGAGCCAUGCAGUACGCCGGGGCUGCUGACCCGAUCUACUGCCGCUGCUUCCCGAUGAGUUUGGGGAAGGGCCCGAUGAACUGGUUCCAAAACCUCCCCAACAACUCCAUCCACAACUGGGAAGGAGUCUUGUCCAACUUCUUGACCCAGUAUUCCUCGGUAAGAAACAUUCCGAAGUCAGAAGAAACAUUGGCCCUGAUCAAGCAGGGCGAGAAGGAAUCCCUGAAGGCUUUCCUUAACCACUUCAACAAAGAAGCAGGAGACAUUCCGGACCUCCUCCCUCAGGUCCACCUGAUCUUGGUACGACAAGCGCUUAGGCCAGGUCCUUUCCUAACUUCUUUGGAUGGAAAGAAGGCCCGGACACUGGAGGAAUUCCAGACCCGAUCAGAGAAAUAUAUUAACAUGAAGGAGGCAGCAACAUUAAUGUCCACCAAUCAAAACCCAGGCCAUCGGCUCUCUAAGAAAGCCCGAGACCCCGGUGAACCUAAGCGCGAUCGCGAACAGCGACGGAAGAGCCAGGAUGAGAAAAAGCAGAAGCGGAAGAAGUUCGAUAGUUACACCCCCCUGAACUCUUCCCUCUCCCGCAUCUUGCGGGAGAGAGCCUCUACUGACCUCAGGGACAAACCUCCCCCGCUACUCACACGGGGGGAUAAGCUGGAUUCCAAGAGGUUUUGCGAAUUUCAUGACAGCCCCGGUCACAACACGGACGAAUGUCUGAACCUGAAAGACAAGGUGGAAGAGCUGGUUAGAAUCGGGAGAUUGUCAAAGUAUGUCGCCAUCUCCUCAGGCAACCCCCCUCGUCCACAUUCGCCACCCCCCAGACGAUCACCCACCCCACCCAGGGCCCGGACCCCCCCCCCCAGGAAUCGUGCACGUACACCUCCUCGAGAAAGGAGCCCCCGUCGUAGAACCCCCGACCGGCGCAGGAGUCCCGAACGCCGUAGAAGUCCGGAUCGGCGCCACUCUCCAAAACGGCGGGACCGAGAUGAUGUACGACGACGCCACGGGACCAACCUGGUUGACGUCGGCUCGAUUGCUGGAGGAUGGGCAGCAGGUGGACCGUCAAACAACAGUCGGAAGAAAAGCACUCGAGUUAUCAUGUCAGCCGCUGGGAGGCCCCGUCCUAACUCCCUUCGUACGCCGCAACAGAAAGUUCCCAUCACCUUCACAGAAGACGACUACGGCUCGGACACCGGCGAGGAGGACGACCCGAUCGUCGUAGAAGCCCUCAUCGCAAACGGUAAGGUACGGCGAGUACUCAUCGAUACAGGUAGUUCUGCUGACAUUAUGUUUUACGAUGCUUACAAAACCCUAGGCUUAUCUGUGAAAGACCUGAUCCCCUAUGACCAUGUCCUGAUCGGGUUCACUGGGGACAGAGUCCUACCGUUAGGAUAUUUUGAUGCAUACCUCUCCCUAGGAGACCCUAAUGUUUGCAGGACUAUCAAGGCCCGGUUCUUAGUGGUGAAAUGCCCAACAACCUACAACGCCAUCAUCGGCAGACCAAGCCUCAAUGUCUACCGAGCCAUCAUCUCCACCCACCACCUGAUGCUGAAAUACCCGUGGGCCGGUAGGGCAAUUUCCGUACGCGGAAACCUAACCAUGGCCAGGGGAUGUUAUAACUCUAGCUGCAGAUUGGCGCGUGAGGAUCGCAAGAGGAAAGAACCCGACCGAGGUAAAAGGGUCGAAAACUUCCAUCUCCGAGCAGGAGCGUGCUUGGCGGACAUCGAUCCACGAAUGGACCAAUCCAGAGAGGACCAACGUCUAAAGCCGGACGGGGAAGCACGGUCAGUCCAGAUCGGCCGUGGCCUCGAGCAAACCAUCAAACUGGCGCGAGACCUCCCUCGAGAUCUUUCCAACCGACUUGAGACCCUCCUGAGAAGCAACGGGCACCUAUUUGCGUGGUCGUCCGCAGAUAUGCCAGGCAUCGACCCGGCAUUCUGCAGUCACAAGCUAUCAGUAGACCGUAGAUUCAAGCCAGUGGCCCAGAAGAAGAGGCAGAUGAGCGCGGAGAAGCAGGAAGCUAUCAAGGAACAGACAACAGAACUUCUGAAAGCCGGGAUCAUUCGCGAAGUUAAGUACACCACUUGGCUCUCGAACGUGGUCCUGGUUAAAAAAUCCAACGGAAAGUGGAGGAUGUGCGUGGAUUACACGGAUCUGAACAAACCCUGCCCUAAAGACCCCUUUCCCCUCCCCAGCAUCGAUGCCUUGGUGGACAACUCCUCUGGGUACGAAUAUUUGUCCCUCAUGGACGCGUAUUCUGGGUACAACCAGAUUCCGAUGUACAAAGACGAUGAAGAGAAGACCGCUUUUAUAACCGAUCGGGGGACGUAUUGCUAUACUAUGCUCCCAUUCGGCCUGAAAAACGCAGUGGCCACCUACCAACGAUUGAUGACCAGAAUCUUCGGGGCGCUGAUCGGGAAGUCGGUCGAAGUCUACAUUGAUGACAUCAUCGUGAAAACACCAAAGGGGGGCGAUCAUGCAGCCGAUCUGGCCGUCGUGUUUGAACAGCUGAAGAAGUACAAUAUGCGCCUCAACCCCGAAAAAUGCACCUUCGGAGUCAAGAGCGGAAAGUUUCUGUGA